UGAGGCAAGGCUCCAUCAUGCAGCAAAUAAAAUGGUGAGAGAGAAAGUAUUUCCACCUCUAAGGGAAGACGAUAAUAUUCGAGCUAUAAAAUAUGACGAGUUAGUGAUCAUCUACGCGAAUAAAAUGUCGGAAAAAUAUAGAAAUGAGCGAUAUUUUGAGAUGAUUAGGCAGAGGAUAAGAUUAAUAUCAAGAUUUCUAAAAGCCUUGAAGUCCAUCAAUAAGAAUAUCCACUGUUUAUCCGACGUUUUCGAUCCUGCCUACUGCCAUGACUCAAUAAGGGUUAUAAAAACAUUGGCAGGAGCAAAUGAUGAGAGCGGACAUUUCAGAAAUCCAACGGUAGCCUCAUCUUAAUGUACUGUUCUAAAGUAUCUUGGGAAAAUAUUGAUAAAUCACUGCAUCAUCAAGCAUGAUGACGUCGGACGAAAAAAUGCAAAAAACUUUUUAUUAAUAUUCACUCAAGAAGUUGAGAUUAACGUCACUAGAACUGUAACGGAAUCCCAAGUUCAAAUGAGGAGACAAAAGAAAAUUGAACUACCAUCCACCGAUGAUAUAAAAAAGUUUUAUGAUUAUUUAAGAAAAAAUUUGGAUAUAUCCUAUAAAAGACUGAAGAAUAAGUUUAGUCCGUCUUCCUGGCUGAAUUUAUCAGAAUAUACUCUAUUGAGUAUACAGGUCUUCAACAGAAGAAGACCUGGAGAACUUGAGAGAAUUUUAGUACAGGACUAUAAAAGACAUGAAGGCAUCGGUGCAGAUAUCGAUGAAACAAUAUCUGAGGAAACUAGGCAGAAGGCUUCGCGAUACGUACGUUUUCUGAUUCGAGGAAAACUCAAUAGCACGGUUCCGGUCAUUUUAGAUAAGAAACAAGUAAAAUGUAUUGAUCUCCUUUUAAAAUACAGGAGCUUCGCUAAAAUUUCUAAUAAAAACCAGUAUGUUUUUGCCAUACCUGGAGUAACUGAUUUCAAAUAUCUGAGAUCUUGCAACAUUAUACGCAAACAUGCGAUUCUUUGCGGGGCCGAACACCCAGAAAGGUUAAGAGGAACACAUUUACGCAAACAUAUAGCUACCACCUGCUUGAAAUUCAAUUUAGAAGAGACCGAAGUCAAGGAUUUGGCAAAUUUCAUGGGUCAUAGUGAUAAGAUCCAUGAAAAUAUAUAUCGUCAACCUGUUGCUUCUCGGGAUAUCUUGAGAGUAUCCAAAUUACUAGAAAAGGCACAAGGAAGUAGCGAAAAUGGGGAGAACAGUUGCAGUGAUAAUGGGGAGGAAGAAGAGGAAACGAGAGAAGAGAGAAGAAAAAAAAGAUCUACAUCUCCAUAUGGGCCCGUUAAGAGGCGGAAAUGGACAAAUGAAGAAACUCAGACGGUAUUGAGGGAGUUCAAAGAAAAUAUGGACAGCGGAAAACUGCCAUCCUUCAAGGAAAUAGAAGAGGUUAAAUUGAGAUGCACUGAACUCAGUGCAAGAUCCUCUCCACAAAUUAAAACUUGGAUACAUAACCAAAUAAGAAAAAAUAAAUGUUGA